CACACUCAUGAAAUCAAACAUGGCUUCCCUCAAACAAGUUUCACCCUUGUUACUCCCUCUGUUGCUCAUUUUCAUUUCCCUCUUCAAACCCUCCCACGCCGGAGGAAUUGCCGUCUACUGGGGUCAAAACGGCAACGAGGGCUCUCUGGCCGACGCAUGCAACACCGGCAACUACAAAUACGUCAACAUAGCAUUCUUGUCCGCGUUCGGCGGCGGCCAGACCCCGCAACUGAACCUCGCCGGCCACUGCAACCCCUCUAUCAACAACUGCAACGUGUUCAGCGACCAGAUCAAGGGGUGCCAGAGCAGAGGCAUCAAAGUGCUCCUCUCACUAGGCGGCGCCAGCGGCAGCUACUCCCUCAGCUCCGCCGACGACGCAACACAAGUUGCCAACUACAUCUGGAACAACUUUCUCGGCGGGCAGUCGAGCUCUCGUCCUCUCGGCGACGCCGUAUUAGACGGCGUCGAUUUCGACAUCGAAGCAGGCAGCGGCAACCAUUGGGAUGAUCUCGCAAGAUCCCUGAAAGGGCAUAAUUCACAGUUGCUCUUAGCUGCUGCACCGCAGUGUCCGAUCCCUGAUGCCCACUUGGAUUCUGCCAUCAAAACCGGUCUCUUUGACUAUGUGUGGGUGCAAUUCUACAACAACCCUCCUUGCCAGUAUUCGAGUGGCAACACCAACAGCCUCAUCAGUUCGUGGAACCAGUGGACCUCGAGCCAGGCGAAGCAACUGUUUUUGGGAGUGCCGGCUUCUACAGCCGCUGCCGGAAGUGGGUUUAUUCCUGCUAAUGAUUUAAUCUCUCAGGUUCUUCCUGCCAUCAAGGGUUCUUCCAAAUAUGGUGGAGUCAUGCUGUGGGACAGAUUCAAUGAUGUUCAAACUCAAUACAGUGAUGCUAUCAAAGGAAGUGUUUAGUUUGUUUUAGGUUAACGUUAGAUACUGUUUUCUGUGUUUGGAAUAAGUAGCACCUUAUGUAGGAUUUGUUUUCUUCCUACACAUAUAGUGUGCUAUGUGUUAUUUAUCGUAUGCAAUGUGUGUCUUCACAAUAAAAGUAAGUAUAGAUGAUCUUCAAAUUGUAGUUUUCUUCA